ACACACGCACACGCAGUCAGUAAUUCAUACUUUAUAUCACGCCUGAAAAUACACAGGAUUUCAAUGUCAGUAACUGAAAACAUAAUGACCAAAUUAAUUAAUACGCACUUGAUUUGUUAUUGUAUUUCAUUAUUAAAAUUCGUUACAUACAUACAUAAAUAAAUGGCACUUUAAAUGAAACACGUUUACAUAUAUACAUCAAUAAAACCAUACCAAUUUCCUGUGCAUGUUUUAGUGUAGUUUAUUCACGUUGUGCCCACCAGCACAGGCACAUCUCGAUAGUGGAAGCACGCAUACAGAGAUAUCUAAGUAUUGAAAGUUAAUACAGAGCUGGACUAGCGCCUGUCUGUUUCCCUUUGUAUUGUAUUGAAACAGCGGCUGCAGAUAAACACGUCUCAAAUCAGAGAACAAUGUAAUACAUUCAGAGAGCUGGUAAUUGGUCUUGCUGUAACUCAUAAAGAAGUUACUAACUACCCCCCCCCCCUCGCAGCCUGCAGGAAUGGCGUCUGGAUCCAUUGCUUAGCAACCUGCAGUAUACACAACACUGCUGAGCACAGGCCACACAGACACACACGAGGGAGUCAGAGAGAGACUGUAACCUGUAUUGCCACAAUACACUCAAACACAGAGAGAGGAACUUAAGUCCCAGGUAAACUGCCUGCCUGUCACCUAGCAGCGCUCCCAGCACUAAGGUAGAGGCCGGUGAAUGCAGAUGAUACAGAGGGGGGCCAGUGAGUAAGGUAGCUGGGACCACUCAUCAUUACACGCAUGCUGCUGGAGCUGUGAUUGAACCUGCGUUGUGUGGAGAGGGGAAUUACCGUUGAUUGGUACUCAAUUGUAAAGGAGUACUACUCACACACACACGCACGCACGCACACACACACAUGGCUGCAUCCUCCGGCUCUGUUCUUCCCAAAGGCUCCAAGCAGCUUGUCAGCUGUGAGAGGGUCCCAAGGACUGGACAGGACUGGAAAGUCACCCUGGAUGCCCAGGUCCACAGGAAAGCUCUAGAGCUGCAGCAGAGGAAAGCCGCUGAGCUGAAGAGGGAGCGGGAGGCGGGGCAAAAACUGGAGAGGCGUGUCGCAGUGGACGUGCUGGCCAGUGAUUGGUUCACUCCAGACAAGCACACAGCACACACCAGGGCGUACCUUCUUGAGGCGCUGUUGCCUACCCUGCUGCCUGGGCUGGAGAAGCUUCUCACAGAGGCUGGGAACAGACAGCUCCUGGAGGAAGGGGCUACAGGGGGGCAGGCUGGGGCAGAGCAGGAGUUUAACCCCAUCAAUUACCUGGCACAGCACCUGAUGAGGAACCACCCCAAGAUCUGCCCCUUGGACCCCUCCCACCCUUACACCCGGGGGCUGAGGCAGGUGCUGCAGCAGCUCAAGGAAGAGCAGGUGGACUUGGAGGACAACAGGCUGGUCCAGAUGAAGCUGCGGGUUCGAGAGACGCGUGAGCAGCAGGUCAGAGCAGAGAGGGUGCGGUCCCAGGUGGGGGAGAGGAGGAAGGAGGCUUUGAGGGCACAGUUCACUGAGUGGAGCCUGGAGCCAGACCAGACCCUGCAGCUCAGACUGGUUCAGAACGCUCUGAGGGCGUUUCUGGAGAUCUCCAGCGCUGACCUGUCCCCAGAGAGAACAGGAGUGCAGUAUGACCGGGAGCUGGACUCCGCUGAAGACUCUCAGCAGACACUGAAGCAGGAGCACUUUGAGGAGUACGUGUUCAGCUUUAUCGCCAGUCUGUCCACCGAUGAUUUCGAGCGGUUCCUGCUGCACCUCUCCCUCUGCGCUCAGGAUCACCGACGGGAGCAACACAGGGAGCUCUGGAGACAGACCUUCUCUCAGCUGUUCCAGGACUGCGACAGCGCAAAGACAGGAUUCCUGGACAGACGGAGGGUUCUGGCCACGCUGGAGGGUUUCUAUGACGGGUGUGACAAGAGUGUGAGAGUCACGCUGCACAACCCACAGAGCUGGCCAGUUCGGGAUCCAGGCAAGUUGGACUCCACUGUAUUCUGGAACAACCCCUCCGAAGAGAAAGAGGAAGAGACUGCGGGAGAGACCCGGGAACCCUCUCCAUCAAUCGCAGCCAGCACAGAGACAGAGCCAGCCAAUGGAGAAGAGGGGGUGGGCGAGCUAGGGGUCCCUGCGGGGGAAGAGGGGCGACCCCCAGAGGAGCGGACCCCAUCAGGGAUUGAGAUUGAGGAGACAGACUCCGACGAGUCAGAGGAAGGUGGUCUGAAUCUGACGACUCUGGGUCUAGAACCUGACCCAGAGAGCUUGGGGCCCCACAGGGGGGUGAGCGCCUUCAACCGCAGGGCCCUCGACCUGCCUCAGUUCCUACAGCUGCUGGACACCUUCCUGGGAGAGGCAGCCCCGAAAUACGCUGUGCAGAGCCUGGUGGGGUACCUGCGGGUGGGGUACCGCGAGACGGAGCAGGAGAGGCUGAAGAGGCUGGAGAAGACGCGGAAGGAGGCAGUGUUGGCUCAGCGCCGGCUCGCCCUGGACGCCUUGUUUGAGAAGUGCGAUAACGAGGGGAGUGGGCUGCUGGAGCGAGGGGAGGUGGAGAGAGCGCUGAGCCGCUACAAGGAGGGAGCGGAGGGAGGGGCCAUCAACAGAGCGUGGGAGUGCCUGGGCCCCCCGCGCCCCUCUCUCUCCCGGGGGGAUUUCCACGUGCUCCUGCAGGCUGUGAUCUCGGAACUGCCUCCCGAGGGGGGCCAGGAGGGGGGCUUCGACAGGCUGCUGCAGUUCCUGGCGGAGAGUGCUGAGCGGUCCCUGGCUGAGCGCUCCAGGGGGACCAAGCGCAGGAAGUGGCUGCACCAGAUUCACAGAGCGGCCCUGACUGGAGGAUCCAGCCUGGAGCCAGUGUACCGAGCCGUGUUCCAGACCCUGCACCGGGACGCCGAGGCUCAUGGGAACAACAAGCUGAUCAGCGCCUCGAUCGCCCUGCUGGAGGGGAGUGACAGGCUGCGCUACACGGCCUGCACUGCUGAGGACGCCCCCUACGUGCUGAACAAGGAACUGACCAGAGACAUGGAGAAGGGAGUGAGCUUCACCGCAAUGGAUGAUGGGAAGCCUGUGCACGUUCCCCGUGUCCGUCUCCACGGCAACGUGCAGUUCUGGAACACGCUGCGGCCCGAUGAGGAGCGCAAGGGCUCGUUCGUCGCAGUGCCCCUCAGGGACCCCUGCGGCAGGGCCAUCGGGGUGCUGGGUGUGGAUACCCUCAGGGAGCCCCAGGAGAGGAACAUCUUUCUCCGGCAUGAGAUCGAAUUCUAUCAGGGAGUCGGUAACACGUUUAGCCUGGCCUUCCAGCAUGUCCUCUCCCUGAAGAACAUCCUCUGCAUCGUGGACAGCGCCACCUCCUGGCUGUACAGCCGGGCGCCCAGCGUGCGCAGCGUGACCACGUACCUCAUGGAGCCGGCGGGAGAGACGGGUUCUGAUUACACACUGAGGAAGAUGAUGGUUCUGGACAGUCAGACAGGCCGCUCCCGUCUGCUCUCCUCCCCAGCCAGCCUGAGACGCAGAGACCACCUUUUCAGGGACUACCUGUUCAAGUGCUGUGACAGCUCUGAGACACUGAGCCGCGUGGCGUACGGAGAGCAGCGGGUGGUCGUGCCGCUCCGAGACCCUGGCGGGCGCGCGCUGGGCGUGGUGGAUCUCAGCUGCGGGCAGCAGGGGGCGCUGCGGCCCCACGAGCACAGGGACCUGCAGGGGAUGGUGCGCAUGGUCCAGGCUGCCUGCUGCCAGCUGCUCUGGGAGACUUCCGGGCUGGCAAGGCCAAGCAGGCUGCUCGAGGCAGAGGGCGCCGGUGGGGAGGAGCGAGUGGCCCUCCUGUUUCUUCGCUUCAUGCUGGAGGACCUGCGGGGCUGCGUGCGCAGACUUGACCACCAGUCAUUCGCCGAGCUCAAGAGCUACAAGGACCCACCCCCCGUCGUGCACCAGGUGCUGAGGGCGGUGCUUCUGAUGCUCCACCCACACUGGGAGGAGACUCCCGAGAUUGACAGAUGGAGCCAGUGCAGGCUGAAGGUGAACAGCGAUCUGGUCCGAAAGGUGUUGCACUUUGACCCCACAGCCCACUCGGUGCAGGUAGAGCGAGAGGAGCUGGCAGCAUGCCUAGCAGGUAUUCCCCGUGGAGAGGUGUGGCAGCACGGGUCGCUCCCAGCCGAGCACCUCUAUAACUGGGUGUCUGUGUGUCUGUCCCUGCUGGAGCAGGCUGAGAAGCUGCGUCAGUCUCGGGAGCCAGCCCCCUCCAACUCUGACACACUGCAGAAGGACCCCCCCCACCCCAAGCAACAGCAAGAAACUGAAAGCCACCAGCUGUAGGAGCGACUUUUUAAAAUAGACACUACUGUUCCCCUGCUGAAUAUAGAAGGAAAGCUCUGUGUAUUUGUAGGAAUGCAUGUGUAGUAUUUGUAAUAAAUAUCUGAACACAAGCCUGUCCUGGUACU